AUGCGGGAAGAUCUCUCUACCUCUCCGUUGUUGCAGUCGCCACGGACUUCUUACGAAUCGCUGGAACAUGCACCACCAUCACACUCCACAGAUCUACUCGAGGACCGAAAAAUCGACAACGAUGUCCUUCCAGAGACGGCCACGACCGGGCGUACCCUCGGCUGGGGCAGUGCCUAUGUACUCGUCAUGUCUCGAGUAAUAGGAACAGGAAUUUUUGCCAUGCCUGGCACUAUUGUUCAGACAGUGGGCAGCCCCGGUUUAGCACUUGUCCUCUGGGUCGCUGGAUCUCUGGUCGCCUGGGCUGGCCUAGUCAUCGAUAUGGAAUAUGGCUGCAUGCUUCCCCGUUCCGGAGGCUCUAAGGUAUAUCUCGAAUAUACUUACAGAAAACCACGAUUUUUGGCCUCAACCUUUGUUGCUGUUCAAGCUGUCUUACUUGGCUUCUCAGCGACGAAUUGCAUCGUCUUCGCUAAGUACACCUUGUUCGCUGCUGGCCAGCAACCAGGAGAUCUGAAUACGAAACUUCUGGCCUUGGGACUACUCACGUGGAUCACAAUUGUGCAUAGCUGCUUCUACCGCACCGGCAUCUGGAUUCAAAACAUUCUUGGUUGGUUGAAAAUUGGACUUGUAGUAUUUAUGAUCCUUGCAGGACUUUUUGUGGUCUUCUUCCGCCCUCAGUUGUCAAACGCAAACCCGGAGAAUUCCGCCAAUUCCUCGUCCUCUCUGGUUUAUGCCUACGAUGACCUCUGGGGUGGCUCGAAUUGGGGAUUGAACAAUCUGUCAACCUCAUUUUUCAAAGUCCUGUACUCCUACGCCGGACUAAGCAAUGUCAACAAUGUCUUGAACGAAGUCAAGAACCCGGUGAGGACUCUCAAGUCUGUUGGACCGAUUGCUCUGGCCACCGCUUGUGUCAUGUAUAUGCUGGUCAAUGUUGCAUAUCUUGCUGUAGUGCCACUUGAGGAGAUCAAGCAGACAAGAGAACUUAUUGCUGCACUGUUCUUCGAGAAACUAUUCGGUCCAGGCUUUGGGGACAAGUUUCUCCCGUUGGCAAUUGCGCUCAGUGCCGUUGGAAACGUGAUGGUUGUUACUUUCAGCACAUCUCGAGUAAACCAAGAGGUUGCGCGACAAGGUUUUCUGCCAUACUCACAGAUUCUAGCAUCGAACAAGCCCUUUGGAUCGCCCAUGGGUGGUCUAAUAGUGCAUUACAUACCGUCCUUCAUUGUCAUUGCCGCACCCCCAUCAUCUACGGUCUACUCUUUCAUCGCAGAUGUCGAGGGUUACGCAGGCCAAUUCUUUGCCAUAGCAAUCGGCAUCGGUCUGGUCCUGUUGCGUAGACAGAAGCCCGAACUUGUCCGACCUUUCCGUGCAUGGCUGCCUGCAGUGUGGCUCCGGAUUGUCCUCUGCAUUGGCUUGAUUCUCGCGCCAUUAUUCCCACCAAAGAAAGGGACAUCAGAUGUCAACUUUUUCUAUGCGACUUAUGCCAUUGUUGGCUUGUCAGUGCUGGAAGAAGAAGCCGAUAUCCUCGGUGAUGGGACGACCAUCACCAAACUGGUCCGCAAAGAAAUCUAA